AUGAAAAACAAUAAUUUUCAUUUUUCAAGGAUUCUGAAGAGCCACAUUGCGUGUCGUGUGGAAGAAGAAAGAAGAAGAAGACAACAAUUGGAUCAACGAUCGACGGAAGGAGCACGAGACGAAGGAAAAAACGGAUAUUUUUGCAUUUUCUUCUAUUUUUUACUCUCCGAACAAAUUGAGGAUUGGGAUACAGAAGGAAGUAACAAAGAAAAGGAAAGGUUUUUGAGAUUUACUCUGAUUUCUAUGCUGGCAUUGGGAAUUCUUGCCGACAUCCGCAUUCCUCUCUUUGGCGGAUCCAUCACCAUUCACAGCAAUUCUGAUGGGAGUUUGAAUGUUGCAACUAACAAGAAGUCGUCCACCACAAACACUGAAAAGCACACCAACUUUACUGUACGUAACGGUACUGUAGAAGAUUUUGAAUUUUCUUCAAACACCACGUCAUCAGAACCACAUGAAUCAGCAACCGAAAAACCAGAAGAAACGUCUAGAAAGCGUCCAUCUCAACAGAGACCGAAAUCGGAUGUGUUGAAUGCGUUACUCUCCAUGUUUGGAAGAUUUUAA